AUGGGGUUUAAACCUCUCAUAUUGGUAUUAGAGGGCUAUGAAAUGCUUGGAACGGAGCCAACCCUUCUGCCACACCUUCACGUCCAGAAGAACCAAGGACCUUCCCUUCACUCAGGUGGUAUAAAGCCAAGAACCAACAAGUACCUUUCUCAUACCACCUGUGUUCACUACCCAGAGGAUGACCAUGGGGACAACACAGACACCGACAUGGGUGUCAAUAUGGAUGGCUCUGGCGAUUGGUUUAACUGCCUCUCAAUACGUUACAGACACAACCCACAUACCAAGCACCACAACAACCUCAACAGUUCCUCACACCGCUACUCCCAAACCAACUACUAUAACCUCAACAUCUACAGCUCCACCUACAACAAGUCCAAAAGCUCAGACUCCGACCUCUACUCCUACAGCAACCUCAACACUAGGAACACCUACCGCCUGCUGAUUUCCCCAUUGAACGGUGAAAGCUGGAAACUUAACCAGUGCACCAACGGAACAUGCGCCAACGGGAAAGUUAUUUAUGAGCAUGUACAUUGUGAGACUCCGAAGCCAAUAGCAUGUGAAAAUAACUAUCCUCCGAUCAAAGUGUAUGACGAAUCUGGAUGCUGUUUCCACUAUGAGUGUCAAUGUAUCUGCUAUGGUUGGGGAGACCCUCACUAUGUCACCUUUGAUGGAACAUACUAUGGCUUCCAAGGAAAUUGUUCUUACGUCUUGGUCAAAGAAAUCCUGCCAAAGUACAACUUCAGUGUUGUAAUCGACAAUUACUAUUGUGAUGCCCCAGAUGGACUUUCCUGUCCUCAGUCUCUGACCAUUUAUUACCAAUCUUACAAGAUAUUCAUGACCAAGAAGGACGUUGAUGGAGUUUUCACAAGUCUGAUUUAUGUAAACCAACAACGCAUCAUCCCGGCAUAUGAGACCAAGGACUUCCGCAUCACAGACAACAGAAUUGAGACCCUUUUAGUCAUACCAGCAAUUAAUGCCAAGGUGUCUUUCACUGGUCUUAUGUUUAGCAUAUACCUGCCCUGGGACAAGUUCAGUGGCAACUCUGAGGGACAGUGUGGUACAUGUGACAACAACCGGACAGAUGACUGCCGCUUGCCAAAUGGAACUAUCGAUUCAUCUUGUCCAGACAUGGCACACCAAUGGCAUGUUGCUGACCACAAUAACAGUCAGUGCACACCACCACCACCAGAACCGACACCACCACCAGGCUGCGAUCCACCCAUUUGUCAUCUCAUUCAAAGCAAGGUCUUUGAGAGUUGCCAUAAGAUAAUCCCCUAUGAGCCAUUCCUUGUGGCAUGUAUCUUUGAUGUGUGCCAUAUGGAUGAUAUUACUAUUGGCUGCACCAGCUUGCAGACCUAUUUAUUUUUAUUUUUAUUUCACCUUUAUUUAACCAGGUAG